AUGAAUAUGGAAUAUUCGAAUGUUGGAUUAAAUGAUCUACCUGAUGAAAUUCUUCUGAUUAUUUUGAAAAAAUUAAAUAAUUUUGAUAUACAUUAUUCUUUACAAGGUGUUAAUCAACGACUAACUCAAUUUAUUCAAGAUUCGAUUUUUACAAAAGAUCUAUAUUUUACUGAAAAAUCUUCAGAUAAGUUUAUUGAUCGUCUUUCGGAUGAAAUGACACAUGAUCGAUUUUGUUUACAAAUUUUACCUUCAAUUCAUGAUAAAAUCGAAUUUCUAGCUCUUGAAUCAUCAUCAAUGAAAAGUGUUUUACAUGCUUCUCAUUAUGACAACUUACAUUAUCUUGCACUUUAUAAUGUUGAUGACGAAUUAUUUCGAAGUCUAUUAGCAGAUCGAAAUCUUUCAGUUCCUAUAUUUAUGAAUCGAAUUACAGUACUUAUUCUUGCAUGUAAUCGAAUUGAAGAUUAUUUUGAAAUGUUAUCGUCAGUAACAAAGAUAUUCGAAUGUCUCUUUCCAAUAUUCAUGAAACUAAAAUAUUUAGUGUUACGUGAAUCAUCGUAUAAAAAUUGUGUUCGAUUAAAUUUUGAUGAUCCACUAAUUCUGAAUUUUCGUUCAUCAACACUUUUAUAUUUGGAUGUGAAAGUGCAAUCUUAUGAUGAUUGUCUUUAUCUUCUCGAUGGUCGUUUCAAUCAACUACAUACACUUAUUAUUGAUGUGAUUAAUUGUUUUAAUACACGCGAAGUUGAUAAUCAGGAUCAUUUACCAAAUCUAAAAUAUUUUUCUUUUUCAUGUAAUAUCAUGAGAUUUUAUGAUAAUGAAAUAAGUCGUUCACUUCUCUCUCGAAUGUCAAAUCUUGAACGACUCGACUUAUAUAUUAUGUUUGACUGUCAAACAACAUUUAUUGAUGGAAACUAUUUGAAGAAAAAUAUUCUCAAUUCUAUGAUGAAAUUAAAUGAAUUUCAUUUUGCUAUUACUUCACGUAUAUCUAAUGUGAUGAAAUUGAAUUUACCAUCAACAGAAGAUAUUCAACGAACAUUUAUUCAUUUUCAAACUAAGAAUAUUAUUUCUUAUGUUGAUUAUUUUCCAGAAAGUAAAAAUGGUCUAUGUCAUAUCUAUUCGUAUCCAUUUAAAAUGAUAUAUUAUAGUGAUAUUACAAAUCAAUUUCCAGAUGGAUUAUAUGAAUAUGUUCGUAAAGUGUCAUUAUUUGAUGAAAAACCUUUUGAACAUGAAUUUUUUCUUCGAAUUCGAAAAUCAUUUCCAUUAUUGGAAAUAUUAUAUGUGAAGAAUAAAAAACCACAAAGUCAUAAACAAUUAAAUGAUAAUCAACAAUAUUUAUCUCUUAUUCAAUUUUCUUCUCUUAGUGAACUUCAUCUCGCUGAUGUUCAUGAUGAUUAUAUUGAAGAAUUUCUAUUUCAUACAAAAACGCAUUUAGCAAAAAAUGUCAAUCUUUUUAUUAACAAUGAAUCUUUAGAACGAAUAACACACAAUUUCACAAGAGAAUGUACACGGAUUAAUUGUACAAAAGUUGAUAAAUUAUAUUUACUUGAUAAUGAUAAAUUGAAAUGUGAAAAUUCUUUAGGAAAAUAUUUUCCUAUUGCCAAAAUAAUUUAUCCAAAAAGGUAUUGA